AUGCUGCGCACUGCCAUCGGUUCGCGGGGUGGCGAGAUGCCAGUCAUGACCAUGACCUUCCACGCGCUCUCGGCCGCGAUGAAGGGCUUCGCGCCCUUGACCUUGAAGCCACAGGACUCUGAGGAAAAGCGAUUCGUCGAUCUCUUUGACAUGUGUCACGCCAUGACCUACACGGUGAUGGAUCAGCAGGGCCGCCACGCGAGCGAAAAGAUGGACACCGACGUGGUCGAGGCAUGGGCCAAGCUCGGUUUGCCUGCAGAGCGGCUCACCUUAGGCAUCCCUCUCUUCGCUGUCAAGAACGGUGCGGUGCCUGCGACCUACCAGGAGAUCGUCACUCAGGAGCCUAGCAUCAUCUCCUCGGGCCAAGAGCGCACCAAGGAGGGCUUCUUCUUCGUGAACGCUGCGAGCGCCGCCAAGAAAGUGCAAUUGGCUGAGGAGCGAGGCAUCGCUGGGUUGAUGAUUUGGGAGCUGGGCCAAGAUGUCUUGGAGGAUCACGGCAACAUCCUUAGGGAGGUCUGGAACGCCGCCAAGAACAAGGGCUUCUUGCACCGCCUCCUCGGCUUCAGCUUCAAGGAGGAUCACCUUUUCAGCUGCUUCAGCGUCAGGCUACUACUUCUUAAAGGUCAUGCAGUUGGCCAUGAAGCCAUCGCCGAAGCCUUUGAAGCAGUUCUCUGA